UGCUGCACUGUGGUACCUGAGAGCUGGGUGUGAGCGUCUCCAUUCCCAUUGAGGAUGCUGUCAUUGCAUCCUGCACUUGCUGUUAAAUGGAUGUCUGUGCCACGCUGGUCCCCGUGCAAGGGGAUGCUCCCAAGACCUUGACUGCAAUGAGGGAUCAGAGAUGGCUCAGUGUGACUAGAGAGAAGCCUGGAGCUCUACUGGUUGGAGUCCAGGGCUUCCCACACUCACCACUUGUGUGCUCACUAGCCUACCGAGGGCAACUCCACUGGGGUCCCUUGGAUCUCCCCUCACCGCAGAGCCUCGCACCCACAGGGGCUUCCAACUGGAGACAUUUCUGGAGGGCAUGAAUCAGCUUUUCACAGCUUGUUAAAAAUCUUGAUCCUACCUCUUGUUUUCAUGCCUUUCAAAUCAGGAAAUGAGUUUUACAACUUUUCCAGUGGGGCACAGCUGGUGGCCAGGGUCGUAAAGCUGAACUUUAUAAAUAUCUCUUGUUGGGAUCAGGGGAAGAGCAUUAAAAAGGCAGAGAGAGAGAGAGAAAGAGAGAGAGAGAAGGGAAAGGAGCAAAGGCAAUAGAGAAGCAAGGCAACCUCGGCAGGACGGUGAAGAAGACCAGCUCAACGCCAGCCAUGGCCAUGCGAUCGCAGAAGAUGGGAUGUGCCUGGGGCAGCCUUUGCCUGCUGCUCUCCCUCCUCCUGCAGCUGCCAGGCUCCCAGGCCAAAUGCUACUUCCAAGCAAAAGCUCCCUGCGAGUACGAGGGGAAGCAGUUCUCCCUUGGGGAGUCGUGGCUGAGCACCAACUGCCUGCUCUGCACCUGCUUGCACCCCAUCGGCGUGGGCUGCUGCGAGACCACCCAGCACCCCAUUGACUUCCCCGACUGGUGUGAGGCUCACUACGACUCACAGACCUGCCAGAUCUCGGUGGUGCAGAAGGCCAACCCCAGCCUGCCCUGCGUGAAGAGCAUGGAGCAUGAGUGGGGCUCGGCCGGCACCCCUGAGCCACUGAACAAGGUCCUGGGUGCUGGGCUGAGCAGAUAGAGGUUCGGCAGCACCCUGUGUCUCCCAGCAUCAUCUUCCCUCCUCCAGAGCACACCUCCUGCAUGCUCCAGACCUGCCCCAUCCUGUAGAGAUGACACUGCUGCCACCUUCGAAGGAAACCACUAUCUACACACCAUGGUACUGAGUUAACAUUUACACCCUAGCGCUGCUAACGAUACGGCUUUGCUUCUGCCUUCAGCUUCCUGAACCAAAUCUGGGCCCCCUCCCUGUGAGAUGCCCUGUGUACUAUGGGAAGGUGGAUCCUGUGGGAUCUCCUCCCAGGUGGGCAGGAAACCUCCAGCUACUAAAGAAAGGGGUACAAGACCAAAUUAGCCUGCAUGGCGGCAGUCUUAAAAUCAUAGAAUCAUAGAAUAGUGUGAGUUGGAAGGGACCUCCAAAGGACAUCUAGUCCAACACCCCUGCAAUGAGCAGGGACAUCUUCAACUAGAUCAGGCUGCUCGGAGCCCCAUCCUGCCUGGCCUUGGAUGUCCCCAGGGAUGGGGCAUUGACCACCUCUCUAGGCAACUUGUGCAAGAGUUUCACCACCGUCUUGUAACUCCCACAUCCACCCUCAAGCUAAGUGGCUCCCUCCUCCCUCCGAGAUCCCCGUCCCCCUCCACAGCAGCUCUUGGGAGCUCACUGGGGAACUCCAUGGCCCUUCAUUCAGGACCUGCACACCCUGUCCAGCCCCUUCUCUGCCUUGGAGUGCGAGGGGCACAACCAACCUCUGGAACCACUAUUGCCCCUGCUCCCACAGCUCCCGGGGCUGGAGGGGAUCCCCGGCAUUGCAGACCAGCCCUGGGCAACACUGCAACAGAGCCAGCCCAGGCAGGCGCAGAGUGAGGGGAACUACUGGCAGGUGUCCCCAGGGGAGGCUCCAUCCCAGCUGCGGGGGAGUGAGGCAGGGAGCUGGGUGCCCCGUCUGGGUUCAAGGAGCUGAAGCAAUCCGUGUGCCAGGGUGGAGCCGGCCACCCUGGCAGACUGUCCCAGCUAGUGCCAUGUCUGUGUCGUGCUGAGCCUCGUGUAGAUGUUUCUGUUCUUGCAAUAAAGAUAUUAAACAAAGA